CUCCCCGCCUCAGGCCAGGCCUGUCCCCUGCACCACGUCCCCUUUAAGAGGCGGUGACAACCUCAGGCGGCGCGGGCGGUACCGGCACCGAGAAAGCGGAACCGGCCCUGCCAUAGGCUGCGCGGAAGCCGCUCCGCCCCCUCCGGCGCGCCCCAUGGCUGGCCCGAAGGAGGGGACCCCGCUCUCUUCCCCGCGCGCCUGGAGAAGGCGUAGCGGUUUGUGGCGGGAGCAGGCGAAAGCAGGGCAGCCAUGCUUCCUUCCUUCAGCUACGUGACUGGCCACACCGGCUUCUUUGGCACCAUCAAAAACUCACCGAGUGACUUUGUGGUGACUGAAAUCGAGGACCCCGAGCGCCUCCCUGGGGACACGCGGGCGGAGCCGCCUCAUGGAGCCGGCGAAGCGCCGCUGGAGACGAGUAGCCGGUGCCUGCAGCCACGCAAAAGGCUGAGGACGGAGCCUCCUGGCCCGUGUGCCCCGGGCAGCUGUGGCGGGGGAGCGCCCAGGCCUUCGGAGCGUGACGCGAGCCGGGCAGGAGGAGACACGUGUGCGUCCCCUCACAAAAAUCAGCGGGAGGGCGAACCCCAACUGAUGCCUGGCCUCGAGGAAGCCGGGAUACUGGAUGCCUUACUAGGCAAACCCGUGAGCGAACUGCUCAGUCAAUUUGCUCGCGAUCUGAAGGACAGGUGGGACUUGGGAGAUUGUGCCAGUGCUGGCGCUGAGGAGUUCUCGCUGGGACCUGUCCUGGACAAGAAAAAACGAGCUGAUUUGCACAGUGCUGUCAGGCAGAAAUUCCCCUUUCUGGUCACUGUUACAAAAGGCAAUGAAAUGAUUGUAAAAGGAAACACUGAUUACAGAGAGCUUUGUCAGUUAGUGACUGAAAAGGAGACAAGCGAUUUCUUUAAAUUUUUAGAUGCAAAGCUAGAAAAUUCUACAUUUUCUUUUGAGCCUGAUGGAAACAAAGAACACAGAAAAGUAGUUCAUCACUUUAUCAAUAGAAAAUUUGGGAAACUUCUAGAAACAAAGUCCUUUACUGUGGCAGAUGUCAAUGAUCAGCCAAAUAUGUCAAUAACGGUACGAUUUCGAGAAAAAAGUUGGUCCAGAAAAAGGUCUGCUGGUGAUUUGCAGGAAAAACAAGGUAUUUAUACAGCUUUCACCCUUCAGAAAGAAAAUCUAGAAACACUAGAAGCAAUCGGCUUCUUGGCUGCUGAGCUUGGUGUUCUUCCUUCAGACUUCAGUUACACUGGCAUCAAAGAUAAGAAGGCCAUUACUUACCAGCCUAUGGUUGUGAAAAAGGUCACUCCUGAAAGGUUGAAAACAAUUGGACCCAAAAUGGAAAAAAAGGGCAUGAGACUACACAACAUUCGUUCAGCAUGCCAGCACCUUAGACUUGGUCAGCUGAAGGGCAAUCACUUUGAUGUAGUUGUGAGAGAUCUCAGACACCACAGCCAUGACUCUUCUGCAGAUUUGAAAGAGAGAAUAUCUGAAGCAAUGGAAAAUGUUGAGACAAAAGGGUUUGUAAAUUACUAUGGACCUCAGCGAUUUGGACAAGGACAAAAUGUUCAGACAGAUCAAAUAGGAUUGGCUCUACUGAAUGAAAAAAUGGUGACGGCUGUGAAAUUAUUCUUCACGCCUGAAGAUACUGAUGACCCUGUAAACAAUGCAAAAAGAUACUUUCUUCAAACUGAAGAUGCAAAAGGCGCACUUGUGAUGCUGCCAGAAUUUAAAGUGAGAGAGAAGAUGUUGCUCCGAGCUUUAAAUCGCUAUGGUGUGAAUCAUGAAGGCUGUACCAAAGGAUGGCUCCAUAUUCCUCACGCCAUGCGCAUCUUCUAUGUCCAUGCUUACUGCAGCAAAAUUUGGAACGAGGCAGCAUCAUAUAGACUGAAGACUUAUGGUUCGAAAGUUGUUGAGGGUGAUCUUGUCUUCUCAGAGGAAAAUGAUGAAAGCAUCUCUCAGAAUGACAAGGUUCAUGUAGUCACUGCUCCAGAGGAGUCAGCUAACAAAUACUCCAUAAAUCAAGUCGUUCUUCCCAUGGUGGGACACAGUAUCAAGUAUCCCAGUAAUAAAGUUGGGCAAUGGUACCAUGAAAGGCUUUCUAAGGAUGAGCUGCAGGUGUGCAAAUUCAGGGUGUCUCCAUUACAACUGAAUAUACCUGGAUGCUACCGACCCAUUUUGAAAAAUGUUCAGAAUCUGACAUAUUUUUUGGAAGGUAGUGAAAAAGGAAUCAAAAUUGAAGACAACCAUCUGAAAGAAUCAAAAAUCUCUCUUCAUAUAUCAUUUGACCUUGAUCCAUCGUGUUAUGCAACAGUCUGUCUGAGAGAAAUAAUGAAAUGUGACUUUUAAGAUUCCGGUUAAUGACAGAUCACAGGAAUGCUAUACAAUGGUGAUAUUUUAUAGUUAAUGCCAAGAAAAUAAAGGAGAUCAACAGGUUCCUGUUCCAGGAACAGGAAAAAAUUAUAGAUUGAGACUCAUACUGGUUAGGAAAAAACUCACCAAAAUCUUUUGGAAUGGCCCAAAAACAUUGCAAACCCUAAAUGCAAACCCUUGUAUGCAUUGGAUUAAAACUAUGUGUUAUGCCAAGCAAGCCUCACAGAAGUGAAAGAAGCCAUGGACUGCAAGGGUGUCAUAUUUACAUAGGCAUCUGGCUUGCAAAGUUAAAUGCUGAAAAGUGUUUGCAGCAAACAAAUGUCUUUUAUUUUGUAAUAAUUUUUUUUUUGAAUGUUUUAUACUCCAUGCUGUUCAAGGAGUGACGUUACAAGGUCAGCCUCACCUCCAGCCCUGGAAAGGUGAUGGAAUGGCUCAUCCUGAAUGUCAUCUCAGUACACAUGCAAUGGAAAAGAUGGUUAUCAGGAGGACUCAACAUGGGUUUACCAAGACAAUAUCCUGCUUGACCAACCUGAUGGCCAUCUAUGAGGGUGUAACUGGCUGGCUAGGUGAGGGGAGAACAGUGGAUGUCAUCUACCUUGACUUCAGCAAGGCUUUUGACACCAUCUCCCAUAACCUCCUCAUAGAAACCUCCUCUACUCUGCCCUGGUGAGGCCUUAUCUGAAGUCCUGUGUCUAGUUCUGGGCUCCUCAGAUCAAGAGGGGCAGAGAAUUUCUGGAGAGAGUCCAACACAGGACCGCCAAUAUGAUCAGGAGAGUGGAGCAUCUUUCUUAAGAGGAAAGGCUGUGGGAACUGGGGCUGUUCAGCAUAGAGAGAGCAGACUGAGAGGGGACCUUAUUAAUUGGUGCCUAUUCAAGUAAGCUCAUCAAUAUGAGAUGAGUAAUUAACAUAGCUGCAAAACCAUUUAUAAUAAUACCAAAACCUUGUUUUAUUGUUUACAGGAUACAGACUGUAUUCCUGUUACUGUCAAGCCUUAUGAUAGCAAAAAAAAAGUUAAUGAAACCAUCCCUGGGAAAAAAGCUUUAUAUUUUUUUUUCUUAAUUAAAAACAAGCAAUAGACUGUGGUAGAAUGAGUAGAUUUGUGGAAAGGGAGAGAGCAGAAAAUGUCAUUUAGCUUGACAUUAGCAAAGUGUUUGAGUAGUCUGGAGACCAAGUUAGGACAUUGUUGUGGUUUAGGGCCAUUUAGGAACAAAAGACAGCCAUAAGUACCAAGGGCUGCUGUAAGUACAGAGGGGGCUCAAUUGCCACUUGUGGUCCAGGCACAACAGACAAGACUACUCAACUUGGGGAGGGAAACAAACAUUAAUUUAAUCCACCACCAACGAGAAACAUAAAAACCAGAAAACACAGAGUGGCACAAGGGUGAAGAGCACAAGCAGCUCUUUCAGACCACCUUCCCCCCCACC